UUUUUCUUUUCAAGAAGAAGAAAAAAAGUGUUUAACAAAUUUCUGGAGACAGGGACCGUAAUACAAACUCGACACCGCGACGCGGAACGAGUCAAUCCUGAGUCGGCGGCACUCGUCGAUCACUUCAAUCUCGAUCGUCUGAUCAUCGAUAUCUCUCUGAUCGGUUCCGUUGAUAUUGGGAGAUUUCCUUUCUGGGUUUUUUCUUUUCUUUUAAAAACAAAAGGUUAAAUCUCGGUGAUGGUUGAUUUUUGGAAAGGUGGGGAAUUUGGAGGGUAAGGGGUUAAGGUUUUUGCGAGUUUAGGGUUAGGGUUUUUGGGGACGGUGGGUUUGGAGAUGGAUGAAAAUUCUGAUCUUGAAGAAGGAGAAGCUUGCUUUCAUGAAGAUGAAGGCGACAAUAUUAACCCUGAUACCGCCUUCUCUUACAUUGAUGAGAAGAUUAAAAACGUUUUGGGCCAUUUUCAAAAAGUUUUUGAAGGUGGAGUUUCAGCAGAAAAUUUGGGGGCAAAAUUUGGGGGGUAUGGCUCAUUUUUACCUACCUAUGAACGUUCGCCUCCAAGAUUGUCACGUCCAAAGACACCACUGAGAAACUCAAGCAUAUCAGGGUCAACCAAUAAUUUGUCUAUGGAGGGUGCAUCUCAGAAUUUGAAAGCCCCACCAAAUGCACCCUCAACCGGGAGACCAGGGAAUACCUCCUGCCCAAGUGGCAAUAUUGCAGCUAAACAUGAUUCACGUUUGACUUCUGCUCAAGUUGCUGAGAAGUCUAUCUUGAAGGAUGAGAGUUUUAACAGAGCAGGGAUUCCAAGUGACCAGAAGACAUUGAAGUUUCGGAUUAAAAUGGGGUCUGAUAAAAAAGCACAAAAAAUUGCUGCAAUCUAUAGUGGUCUUGGGCUUGAUUAUUCUCCUUCGUCAUCACUGGGGAACAGUCCUGAUGAAAGUGGAGGAACAUUGAUGAUAUCUCAAGAAACCACUAGUGAAUCACCCACUAGAAUUCUUCAGGUUAUGACUUCCAAUCAUGUCCCUGGUGGUGUGCUCAUAUCUCCACUUCAUGACAGCCUGCUAUGGUUUUUAAGAAAGGAAAAGGAAAGGCCUUCUAGAGAGAAUAAAUCUACCUCAUUGCUUAAGGCAUGUCAAGAACAUCCUUCUGUGUUAGUAGAUAAGUCCAUUAUGGGUAAUAAAAAACAAUUAAAUGAGAAGAAGACAAAAUUUUUAAUUGAAAAAAGUGAAGAGCUGGAGGAAUCAAAUAACGUAAAUCGCAGGACUGUUGAAAGUGGAAAGACAUUGCUCAUAAAAAAGAAGCAUGAAAAUGAGAUUGCAGGAGGGGAGUCAUUGCCCAAUGACUUGAAACCCACAGCUCUAUCUAAUUCAGUGAAUAUUGCUAUGGAAGCCACUGCUAGGGUCUGUGAUGUCGCUGCUGAAGCUAAUCUGAAUGCAUCGAAAGGUAGAUUGUUGUCCUCUGACUCUGCAAAGGAAGAUUCUUUGGAGUCAAUAUCUGGAAGGAGCAGAACGAGUGGCAAGAAAAAGAAGCGGGAUAAGCGGAGUAGUUUAGAUGGAAACGGUUGGGAACAGAGUGUAGUGAAUUUCAAUAAGAAUGCUUCAGUCGACCUAGGAGACAAUGUUGGGAGCAAGGAAGAUUCAAAAACAAAGGUUGGUCAGGUAGCUACAUUUCGUGUACAAAAUAAAAUAAAUAUUCCCUCCAAGAAGGAAAAGACAUUGGCUGAGGGAAAGAGGUCAAAAGGUAGCAAAAAUAAUGGAGAAGUUGCUGAUUCAAUGAAGGAAAGCUUGAGACUUGAUGUGGGUGCAACACUUAAAGAUACUGUUAGUUCUUGUCAAGGUUUCCCUUCAGGUAAAGAUAAAAUUCAGAAGUUGAAGCUGCAGAAGGAUAUGAAGAAGGUCCAAGAUAAUCAUAGAGAUUCACUGGAAACAAAUUCUGGACAGAAGAGUGAUCGAAUGGAGCCAACAAUGAGGCAUUUUCAGAAUAGGCCAAAAGGUUAUGGUCCAAUGGAUUUUGAGAUGGAGCAGAAUGGCUAUUUGGAUAAGUCAAAGGUAAUAUUCAGUGGUAGAACAGUUAAUAACCAGCUGUUGGGAGUGGAUGUUCCAGGUGUGGUUCCUCACCUCAAUGAUAAGACACUUGCCUCUCAGACAGCUGCACCAGCUGCAACUGCUCCUGUGUUGAUAGAAGAAAAUUGGGUUCAGUGUGAUCGUUGUCACAAGUGGCGACUCUUGCCUUUUGAUACUAGACCAGAACAACUUCCUGAGAAGUGGUUGUGUAGCAUGCUUGAUUGGCUACCAAGAAUGAACCGGUGUGACAUUAGUGAGGAGGAGACAACAAAAGCUCUCAAUGCAUUUUACCAGCUUCCAGUAGCUGAAAAUCAAAAUAACCCACAAAAUCAUGCAAAUGGAACUACGUCACUAGUUUCUUCAGCUCACCUUCAACAUCUUGAUCAGAACAACUCAAGUUUCAAUUCUCAGGCUUUAUCUAUUAAAGGAAAGAAGAACCAUGCCCUCAAGGAAGUGCAGAAAUCAGGUGGCAGUGGCCCGAAUCAGAUGUCAACCUCUAAAAAGAAAUACAAGCAGCAGGAAUCUUUGAAACGUAGGAGCAUAAAUGACAUGGCUCAGGCCCCUGUUGAAUCAUUUGUCAUGAAGAAAUCUGCCUUUGAAGAGAAAGAAAGGCUUCUAGUUGGAGGUGAGACCAAGAAAGCAAAGAUGAAAAACAAGAGGGAGUCUGGUCUGUAUGAAUAUGAAGGUUCAAAGAAAAGCAGAACAGAAGUAACAUCCACUGCCGAAAAACAUCAGAGUACUAACUUAGACAACAGAACGCUGGGCCUUAAUUCAAGCACUACCUUGCCAACUCAAGCAAAUGGAAGAAGCGUUCAAAAUUCCAGUGGGUGCUCUAAUUCUGGGGGUGUAAAGCAUGAUAUUAAAGAAAAAACAGUAGCUUCUUUGAAGAAACUUGUGGAUCAAACUCAGGCUUCAUCAGAUGCUGGAUCAUUAGACAUGAGAAUAUGCGAUAAAAGGGCUCCUGUGAAGAAAAGGAAAUUGGACUGGCAGGACAGUCAAAAUGGGAAUGAGUUAUGUAUGAAGGAAGAAAGUAGUGAGAGUGGAUUUAGGAAUGAAAAGAAGUUACGGUUUUCAAAGAUUGAGGGGAAGCAGUCCAAUAGAAAUGAUGGAGAUGGUGUGUCAAACAGGAAAAGUAUGGAUCAUUCAAUUGGUGGCAUUGAAGAAGCCAGAAGUAUUGAUAGGGUCCAACAAUCAAGUAAGCACAAGAAGAAGUCCUCAUCUCUAAAAGUUUUGGAUGGCCUUGAUUCAUCGAGAAGGGAUUCUGGAACUGGACAAAUUUUGAUAGCAGCAACUUCUAGCUCUUCAAAGGUUUCCGGUUCUCGUAAAACCAGAGCAAACUUUGAAGAAGCAAGGGGUUCGCCAGUUGAAUCAGUUUCUUCAUCUCCAAUGAGGACCUCAUAUCCAGAAAAGCUUGCAACAACUGGUUCAGGGAAGGAUGCUGCAAAUAGUGGCAUUCCUUCAUGUGGCAAUCUUAGAAGAUGUUGGAACGGGGAAGGCACUUUUGAGCUUGCUCAAUCUGGUACAGAAACGAAAGAGAAAGUGUCGGGUGAUUUUAAUUCUAGAUCCCAUAAAUCUUCUACCUUGGAUUAUCGGGAUAGAGAUUCUAUUUGCAAAAUCAGCAUUAGAAAUAAACCUUCUUCUAGGUUGGGGAAUAGCCAUUUGCUCAAUGGUGAUUCUCAUUCUGCAGAAACUGUGCAGCAUACUGUAGACCAUUCCCAUAGUGAGGAUAGACUGAACAAGGAGUGUGGUGGCAAUGCAUUAUUUUCUCAGAAAUCUGACGAUGUUUCUAAUUCACAGGCAAAAGACUGUAAAAGAAGUUCUGCUGUAGAUAAAAUGAAGGGUUCUAAUCUAACAGAGGAACAGGAGGAUAUGUGUUCCAGAAAGAGCAUGAAUUACCAAUCAGAUGUUGUCAAGAGUCAUGCAUGUCUUCAAGAAACAUUUGUUGAUUGCAAACGCAAUUUGCAUAAAUCUAGCGAGGAUGAGCAGAGAUCUUAUGGAAAGAAGAAUCCUUCAGGACAACCAUCAAGUGAUAGUAGAAUAGGGACCCAGCUGAAUAUAAAACAUGAUAAAUUUGAUGUAAAAUCUGCUGCUCCAUUCUGCACAAAGGGGAACGUUGCCCCUGAGCAAAAUGUGACCCAGGAUUUUAGUGGGCAAACUGAAGUAAUGCAAGCAGAGGUAAAAAGUGGAAUGUCAAAAUCAUCCUUGCAUUUUGAAACUGAAAGUUGUCAAGAAAGAAAAGGUCAUCGAACAGUACCAGAAGCACAAGAGAGAGCUGUCUAUGAUGGGGUUCCAGUUAAUGCCUCUUCCAGAGUCAAUGUGUCAAAGGCUUUGAAACAGCCUGGAAAAGCUGCUGGCAGCAAGAAUGGUUCUGCCCAUGAUUUGGGACAGCAGAUGCCUGAUUUGCAUGUGGUCAGAAACCUCAAUGCUUGCAGUCCUGUGAGAGUAAAGUCCUCCAGCCUGACAGUAACUGAUGCCCUGAAUGAUGCUCAAGGACUUAGAAAUUAUGCUGAUCGUCUUAAGAGUUCUGGUUUUGUUUUUGAAAGCAAUGAGAUUUACUUCCAAGCUGCUCUUAAGUUUCUUGGUGUCGCUGCCCUUUUAGAGGCUAGCAAUAGUGAGAGUGGCAGACAUGACAUGAACCAUUUGCAAGUGUAUGGCACUGCCACUAAACUUUGCGAAAUGUGUGCCAAAGAAUAUGAAAGACGCCAAGAAAUGGCUACUGCUGCUUUGUCCUAUAAAUGUGUAGAGGUAGCAUACAUGAGGAUUGUUUACUGCAAACAUUCUGCUAGCAGCAGAGACCUGAAAGAGUUGCAAGGAACUGUACAGAUGGUUCCCCAAGGUGAAUCUCCAUCAUCUUCCAUAUCAGAUGUUGAUAAUAACUUAAAUAACCAAGCAACUGCGGAUAAGGCUCCAUUAGCGAAGGGUAAUGCUUCAUAUGUUGCUGGAACCCAUGCCCUUGUUGCUAGAAACCGUCCAAGUUUUGGUCGGUUGCUUGACUUCACACAGGAUGUAAGUUCUGCAAUGGAGGCUUCAAGAAAAUCUCUAACAUGUUUCAUGGCUGCUACUUCAUCCCUGGAAGCAGCACAAAAUAUCGAGUGUAUUACUUCAGUUAGAAAGGUGAUUGAUUUCAGCUUCCAGGAUGUGGAUGAACUUGCAUGUUUGGUUGAGCAGGCAAUGCAGGCCAUAAGUCGUUCUGAUUUAGGCAGUACUAGAGAUUAAGCUACCCUUGUAUAUAUAUUCGUGUUUUUUCGGUUUAUAACCCCCCAACAUGCAUUGGAGAAGAAAGGUGGAUGACUUAGACCUGCAUUUGGGAACGAGCAAAGAUGUGAGGGGCCCAAUAGCCUAUUGCCUCAGUGUACAUGUGUAUAAAGUGAGAUUGAUUUGCAAAUUUUGUAAUGUAUAUUUUUGAUGUUCACUUUCUUCUCAUUGAUAAGAGCACAGGCAUGCUCACAUUUUAAAGUUUUUCUGGGUUGGCAAAGAGGGUAAAAAAUCUAGCUUGUUCAGCAAGAGAUUCAGAGUUCCAUGUAAGAUAUUAGUUCCAUAUAGUACUAUAAUUUUUUUCGCUCCAUUGCUUUGGGGCAGGAGGAAAACAAAGUAUAUAUAGAGUUUAGAAAUCUUUAGGCAACCAUUUUGAAGAGGUUGGAACACUGAUAUCCCAAUAACAGUUCUCUGUUCUGUUUAUAAUUUAUUUCAAAAUUUCUAUUGGAA